UGAAGUUGAAGUGACGUUUCUUAAGCAAUGUGGAAAUAAGGUUAUGUUAUUUUUUUAAGCUUUCCUUAAAUAAAAGUACAAAUAUAAAACAAAUACAAUGGACGAGUUAGUAAUAGGUACUUACGAAGGAUUUUUACUUGGAUAUUCAUUACGCUCAGAUGACAAUGUUACACGACUAAAACAGACUUUUGCAACACAUUCCCAUACAGCAUCGGUGCGAUGUGUUGCGAUUGCUGGAAAAUUUCUCGCUUCGGGAGGCACGGAUGAUAAGGUUGUUGUGAUAGAUUUAAAAACUCGUAAGGAACAUACAGUCCUUAUGAACCACGAUGGCACAAUCAAUGCCGUUGCUUUCACUAACAGCGGCACACAUUUAUUGACUGGCAGUGAUGAUGGCUCUAUCAUUAUCACCCGGACAGGUAAUUGGCAGAUUGAGAAGGUCUGGAAAAAAGCACAUGGAGGUGAACCAGUUACUGCUAUAGCUGUUCAUCCAUCUGACAAAUUGGCAUUGAGUAUUGGUGGUGACAAAACACUACGAACAUGGAACUUAGUUAAAGGCCGGCCAGCAUUUACCAUUAACCUCUCAAGUAAAGGAUUAACAUUGCCUACAGAAAUCAAGUUUUCUCCUGGUGGUGAUAGAUUUUCAUUACUAUCCCUGCAAACCCUUGAUGUUUGGACUAUUAGCAAAGCCGGCAUUGAGAAAAGAAUAUCUUGUAAUUCAAAACCAACAUCAGUACAAUGGAUUAAUGAUGAAAGAAUUUAUGUGGGUUUAGAGAAUGGGAACAUUAUAACAUUGAAUGUUGCGGACAGUCAAGCCCUCACAUAUCAAGGGCACAAGCAAAGAGUCAAAUGUUUGUAUUAUGAAAAUAAUAUUCUUUACUCAGCAUCAAGCUCGGGAGAGAUGAAAGCUUGGAGUGUUAAAGAUGAAAAACUACAAGAAAUAUGUACAAACAAUGCAUCCUGUAGGGUCACUUGUAUUACAUUGAAUAAACAAAAUCAUCUUGUUAAGAAAGAAGAGUCAGACUACGAAGAUGAAACGGAAGAUGUGGUAAAAAAUGCUAGUGAUAGUGAUAAUUCUGAAUGUAUUGAAGAAAAACCACCAAUGAAAAGAAAACCAGGUGCAUUUGUGACUAUAUCCUAUGGGGAUGAUAACCAAAAUGAAGAGCUCAAUGCACCAUCUGCUAAAAAAUCGAAAAAGAGAAAACGAAAUAAGAAACCGAAAAAUAAAACUGGGUAA